AUGAGAAAAUCAAUUCUUUCAAUUUUGAUUUUAGGCUGCUUGUUUUCAACUUCAGCAAACUGCUUCAAAUUCGGAGAAAUGUCUCCCUUUAUUGUAUUUGAAGUCAACUCAAAUCCUAACUCUACUUGGAAAGCUGCUCGUUAUCCUCACUUCGAAAAAAUGACUCGUGAAUAACUCCUUGGUCAUCUUGGUUCACUUGAUGAACCUGAUUGGGUUAAACUCCCUACUAAAGAAUUUGAUCCUAACGCAAAUGCAGAUCCUAUCCCUGAAUUCUUCGAUGCUCGUGAAUAAUGGCCUAACUGUUAAAGCAUUAAGCUUAUUAGAGAUUAAUCUACUUGCGGUUCAUGCUGGGCUUUUGCUGCAACUGAAACUUUCUCUGAUAGAAUUUGUAUUGCAAGUAAUUAAACUUUAUAAACUUCAAUUUCCUCUGAAGAUUUAUUGGAAUGCUGUGCUGAUUAUUGUGGUAUGGGUUGUAAAGGUGGUUAUCCUAGCGCUGCUUGGGGCUACAUGAAAAGAUAAGGUGUCUCAACUGGUGGUCUUUAUGGAGAUGAUACUUCCUGCAAACCCUACAUUUUCCCUCCUUGUGAUCACCAUGUCACUGGGUAAUACCAACCUUGCGGUCCUAUCUAACCUACUCCUUAAUGUGUUAAAGAAUGCAACUCUGAAUAUACCUAAAAUACUUAUGAAAAGGAUCUUCACUUUGCUUCUUAAACUUAUUCCAUUAAACAAAACGUUUAAGCCAUUCAAAGAGAAAUAAUGGCCCAUGGUCCUGUCUAAGCUUCCUUCAAGGUUGCUGCUGAUUUCCUUACUUAUAAGAGUGGUGUAUACAUUAGAAAUCCCAAGUUGAAAUAUGAAGGCGGUCACUCAGUUAAGAUUAUUGGUUGGGGUAAGGAAGGCAAUACUCCAUACUGGCUUAUUGCUAACUCCUGGAAUGAAGAUUGGGGUGAGAAGGGAUUAUUCAGAAUGUUAAGAGGAAGAAAUGAAUGUGGUAUCGAAGCUCAAAUUGUUGCUGGUCUUCCUUGA